AUGAAAAGCAGCAGCAGCAGGCUCCGGGAAGCACAAUCGUUAGAAUGUUGUUGGUGGGCUACAGUACUGCUAUCAGUGGCUAACAUCGUCCAUCUCGCACCAUCCACAAAAGUGGAUGAUAAUCUUCUAUAUUACGAAAGCGAGCAAAACGAUGGAGGCUAUAGAUUUGAAUACCGUACAAAGGACGGCCAGUUUCGAACAGAGGUCGGUGUGAUUGAUCCUAAAAGCGGAUCUCUUCGAAUCUCCGGAAGUUACGAGUACAGUGACGACAAAGGAGGGACCCAAAGCUACAGUUAUAAGGCGGAUGAGAAUGGUUAUCGUCUGGUGCCAAAAGAAAUCCAAAGAACAGGUGUUCCAAUAGGAAAGCCCGUUUACGUUGAUCCUUCAGCUUUGCCUUUUUCACCGUCAUAUGAUAGGAUUGGUGGGUAUGGAGGUGCGUCUUCCAGUGGCUUUCGAGGAUCAUCGGAAGAGUAUGAUGGGCCACAGCGGAAAAAGGGGAAACAUUAUCAUUCACUGCUUGGUGGUAAUAAGCGGGUCAAAACGUCCAAGCAAAAGGCUAGCCGCUAG